UCAACAAGGGCUCUAUUUACAGAGACUGAGAAGGAGGAGCGGAGGGGCAACCGAAUGAAUUAAAUAAUGCUUAGGCGCUUAAACUACGUAAUUUCAUCAACAGCGAAAGGAAGGGUUGAAACAAGAGGGGAAACAGAACUGACAAAAGUUGCUGAGACGUUAAACUAAAGAUUUUAGAAGAUAAAGAAAAAAGAGAGAGAGGGAGAGAGAGAGAGAGAGAGAGAGAGAGAGAGAGAGAGAGAGAGAGAGAGAGAGAGAGAGAGAGAGAGAGAGAGAGAGAGAGAGAGAGAGAGAGAGAGAGAGAGAGAGAGAGAGAGAGAGAGAGAUGAGGACAUUACAUAAUAAAUUGGUAGCGUUCGACUGGGACCGGCACUGACUGACACACACUUCAGACUCACGGUCAAACAAUUGAUGAACUUUUGGAAACUUUGGCCUUUUAUAUACGUAUCUACAUUUAUAGAUGCCCACAUUUUUUAAAUCGUAUUAUCCUGUUUUUGCCUUGUUUAUUUUUAUGAUAAACAUGUAGAACUCCCUGGAGAGUUCUUGUCACUCUUUUGGCUUGGAUAAUGUUGACAAAGUUGUCAGCAUCGCGGUUCUUUGCGCUUUGAACGCAUUUUCAAAUACUUUUCUGAUGUUUCCUAAAAUUGGAAAAUUGGAGUGAACGCUAUUUACAGAUAGAGAGCGCGUAAUUCAAGUACUCAUCAAAAGUUAUGACCUCGGCGACACCCCCUUCUUCUCGUAGCUCCUCCCCACAGAAGGUCUGCCACUCUCAGACACAGACAGAUGUUCUAAAGCCACUAUUGGGUGGAGGAGGUGGGGCUUCUUCAGGGAACGGACCUGCCGCAUUAAGGCGUCGGCGGCGGGUGCUGUCUAAAGAAGGGCGGAGCAAUGUACUUAUUGAACACGUCAGCGGCCGUGGGGCACUUUACUUGCGUGACCUAUGGACGACCUUUUUGGACAUGCAGUGGCGCUACAAGCUGUUCUUGUUUUCAGCCACCUUUGCUGGUACCUGGUUUAUCUUUGGAGUGCUGUGGUACUUGGUGGCACUCGUGCAUGGAGAUUUGCUAGAGUUUGACCCUCCAUCCAACCACACGCCAUGUGUGAUGCAGGUCCAAACUCUGACAGGGGCAUUCCUUUUCUCUCUGGAAUCACAAACUACUAUUGGCUACGGCUUUCGUUGCAUCACUGAGGAAUGUCCACUCGCCAUCAUACUGCUUAUUGUCCAACUUGUCAUCACUAUGGUGAUGGAAAUCUUUAUCACUGGAACAUUCCUUGCCAAGGUAGCUCGGCCGAAGAAACGUGGUGAAACUGUGAAGUUUAGUCAGCAUGCUGUGGUUGCCAAUCAUGAGGGGCGGCCUUGUCUUAUGAUCCGUGUAGCUAACAUGCGUAAGAGUCUGCUUCUGGGUUGCCAGGUAACCGGUAAGCUGCUGCAGACAUCCCUGACUAAGGAGGGUGAGACAGUUCGUUUGGACCAGAGGAAUGUAUUCUUUCAAGUGGACACAUCCAGUGACAGCCCUUUCCUCAUACUUCCCCUCACUUACUACCACGUGAUAGACGACAACAGCCCACUGCGGGCCUGGGCCGCCAAAGGUGGUGGGUGGACGGACCCAGAGCUGGCAGACUUUGAGCUGCUUGUAAUUAUGAGUGCUACAGUGGAGCCCACCUCGGCCACCUGCCAGGUUCGUACCUCCUACCUGCCGGACGAGAUUCUGUGGGGCUAUGAAUUUCCACCUGUUGUCUCCCUCUCCCCCUCUGGGAAGUAUGUCGCUGAUUUUGCAUUCUUUGACAAGGUUGCCAAGACCAAGACGCCGCCCAUUUUCAAACAAGCCCCACCUCAUAAUACUCAAGCUUCCUAUCAAAAGAGUAAAGGAGGAGACCAAGGGGCAGAUACAGAAAAAAUGAGAUUGGAGGAGAUUUACCGGGAGGAAAGGGGGCGUGUGCGAGACCAACUUAGUGUCCGCAUAAGUAAUGUAUAGAUAAGAAAAAGCACAAAGAUGGAGGGGGUGAAAACGUAGUCUGAUAUAGAUAAACUGCCCGAGUGCUUGUACGAGUAAGCGUUAGCCAACUUCUUUUUAAUGCCACUGAGUCUACCUGUUUUGCCAGGCAGCGUGCCAGCAGAGUUGGCUACUGCUGAAAUACACUGACAUGCAAGAAUGAAAAUAACAUGGGCACAAGAAAAGGGGCUAUGUUCGAAAUAGUAUACUACUCAGUAUGUAUCUCACAAAUCAAAUUACACUCUUGUCCAAUGUGACAAAAAACUCUUUAGUUAAUGAAAUUAAAAAUGGAACAAGCUUCAACAACAUAAAAAAUACACCAGGUGACAAAUGCAACCAAUACAAUUAUGCAAAACAAUGUGUAAUAUGUAGAGAAACCCAACAAUCUGUUUAAUUUUUAUUUGAUGUCGUAAAGUCGGGUUUGAGCUAUCAGAGCUUUUAAAAAAGUUUCCCACUUGUAAUAACUAAUUCAACAAAGAUAUUAAUGAGAUGAUGGUAUUGACAACAAUGUAGUACACUACUGCGUUAAACAUUUAUUGUUGUUGAUAAUACUUUAACAUACUAUAUUUAAAAAGUAGUAUCCGCUUGUUAAGGCUGACAUCAUGCACCACUUCCGGGUCCAAUCAAUCUCUAAUUCCAUAGGGAGAUGACCAGACAUGGAUUUUUUAUGAAUGAUUAAUAUUUACAUUUACAUUACAUUCGUCCAAAGUGACUGACAAAUGAGGUAAACAAUAAAAGCAAUACAAAAAUGCACUAGAAGUAGUAUCAUUAAAGGCGGAGUCCACGAUGUUUGAAAGCCAAUGUUGAUAUUUAAAAUCACCUAAACAAACACGCCUCUACCCCAAUAGAAUCUGGACCUUCUAUUAAAAGACCCACCUCACACAUACGCAACCCGGCAAGGAUGUCGGUUAGUAGACACGCUCCUUACUGCUGAUUGGCUAUAAGUGUGUUUUGGUAGUCGGCCCGUCUCCUUUUCCAAAGCGUUUUUCAAACAUCGUGGACUCCGCCUUUAAGGCCUAAAACAUUAUACAUAGAAAAAGGUUAGUUAGUAACAGUACAUUCUCAAGGGGCGAAAGUGUUAAUGCUUGACGGAAGGCUUGUCUGAAGCAUGGCCAACCGCCAAUCACAAUGGACGCAACCUAUGCUCUGGUCUUCCAUAAACGUAAUUGACUGGCUCUGCCUAGGUUAUUUGCAUAAGGCGAUCUGAUUGGCUGACGCAUGCGUUGCCGCUUGAAAAGUUGAGAUAUGUUCAACUUCUGCCGAAAGCAGAAAAACAUGAAAGUGUUUGGUAGCUUCUAAAUUCACCUCUGUUUGGAUCCUAACUGUACAUUCAUACCGCCCCCGACUUGAGCUUCCAAAGUUGCCAGAAGUCAUUCAUUUACUAUAGAAGCUGGCUUUUCUCAGCUGCAAGGAGCAUCAAAUCCAUCGGCGUCACAUUUUGAGCAACCAGAGCGUCAAUCAGAAAGUUGAAAGAAGCUCAACUUUAUGGUAAUGAGCUAUGACACGGUUUACAACAAGCAGUGGCAAAACGCCAGCAACCAAUCGAAUAUAGCCUAGACGUUCUUCGGUGGCUGAUUCUGGAGAAACAUAUUAGGUGAACUUUCAUUCCUAUCAAAACAUUAGUUCUUCAGAGACUUCAGAGCGGCCAAAGCGUCAACAAGCUUCCCCAUACAUUUUGACAAGCGUCCAUGACCGGGCAAGCCUGAGCUUCUUUGAAAGCUCAAGUCGGCGGCGGUGAGAACGCUCAGUAAGGAAAACUGGGCUAAAUGGUAACACAUUCACAAUGCGCUGUACAAAGAUUAACUGCACGCAUUGAAAAAAGGUAUGUAUUCAUUUGUCUAAGUUGAGGUAAGAACAUACCGGUAGUAAAAUAUUGAAAAUCGGUGGUGUUCUCCUUUAAACUCUGUAUUAGUAAGUGAGGUGUUGGCAGAAGAGAUGGGUUUUUACCUAAAUACUGCUACAGAGUCAGCUGAUCGUGUCGUGACCGGCAGAUCAUUCUAUAGAUGUGGAACAGAUCCAGAGAAGGUACACGAUAGUGAUUUGUUUCCUCUUUUUGAGAUGGCACCACAAGCCUUUGCUCGGUGACAGAGCACAGAGAUCGAGAAGGUACGUAGGUCUGUAUAAGCGAAUUAAAGUAAGGGGGUGCUGACCCGGUGGUACUUUUAAAGGCCAGGAGCAGAGCUUUGAAUUUGAUGUGAGCUGAUAUAGGAAGCCAGUAAUUGCUGUCUGUGAUUCCAAGAGUUUGGAAACUGCAGUGUACACUGAGUUUAUACAUUUUCCCGUAAAUGACUAACAUGAAUAAAUAGUGCUCAUAAACUGCUGUUUAAAUUGUUUCCUCUAUUGAAAUUUGUGGAGGCUUAGACCCGGAAACAGUAUUCCUUACAUCAUAUCUUAACAAGUGGAUAUUAAAAAUAUACUGCACAUAGUAUGAGUCAACGGCUAGUAUUCUAUUUCGAACAUAGCCAGAGAAAGUGAUUACUGAAAACUACUAAGCUAAUAGAUCUUCUGGAAUUCAAUGUGGGUGGACUCAUUAUAGAUUUGCUGCUUCACACACUACAAUACUGAUUUUACACACACAAAACACAAACAAACGCUCAUAAGAUGGACUGGUCAACUGUAAAGGAUUGUCUCCACCUUGUGGCCAAGAAAAGCAGUGCCACUGAUUUGGGACACCUGAGAACUUACUGUAUAUAACAUUCUGAUGGAAAACAGCUGACUUGAACACAUGGAUAAUAAAAUACUUUUCUUGAAGGAUUCUGGAUUGUAGAGGGGUCAUGUAAAAGACUGAAAAAAAUCAUAAUGUUUAAACCACUGUACUGUAGGUAAUGAUAGGUCAAAAAGUACAAGCGUUGGAGUAAAUAACUUGUUUUCGUCUUAUCGAGGGACUGCAUUGUCUAUAUAUUGUCUAUAUUUGUGUCUAACAGUGCCAGUAUAGAACUUUUUUGGGUAAAGGUCUAGAUUUUCCCAUAGUUUAUCUUUUGUCACUGGAAUGAACAUAUUGAUGUUUGUUAACAAUACUAAAAGCACUUUAACCGAGGCAUGUUUAUUUUUUUAUUUUGUUUGGGUCCAGAUUAAUUGUACAUGUGCUGUUUUUAUAAAGACAUUUCAAAUGAAGUGUGAAAGAAUGUAUUUUCAAUUAUUAUAAUGGAUUUAUUCAAUGUGCCUGCAAUGUAUAUAAUAAUAAUAGUAAUAAUAAUAAUAAUUUUACAAUUUCGUUUAAUAUUUUAAAAAGUCCUGGGGCAUGGCUAUUUUGACUUAAGCAUGAAAACACCAUGAAUAAACUCAUAUCAAAUCAUAUCAGCCAGAACACACAAAACCCAUUUAAUAAACACCUUAGCAAUAACAUAGUAUUUCCAUUCCUACUACCCAAAACACACAAGCAUCCUAACAUUUUAUUAUUAUUAAUAUUACUAUUAUUAUUGUUGUAGAUUGCAUUUAUCUGUUGUAAGAAGAAUGAUUGUCUCAUUUUCUUUGUCUACAACUGUGGCUGAAAAGAAACAUGUGUUUAGUCAGGGUUCACUUUCAAAAACUGGACUUUCCUUGUUUUAACUGCUAAUAAAAGUUGUGAAGUUA